AUGGCGACCAUUCAUCAUAAUCCCCCUUUUCGCGCCGAGCAUUUGGGUUCUCUUCUACGCCCAACAGAGCUUCUCACCAAACGCAGUGCUUUCGAGAAGAAUGAUUUAAGCCAGGAAGAACUUACACAGAUUGAGAAUGAUUCUAUCAAGCAGGUAGUAGAGCUACAAAAGGAGUGCGGGUUCAGGGCCGUCAGUGAUGGAGAAUAUCGACGCGCUGUAUUCUGGGGGACGUUUUUCGAAGAGCUCGACGGUAUGACCGAAAUUCGCAACCCUUCUAUGGAUAUUUUCCGUCCAUAUGUUCCUGAUAUCGCUGGAUUUAUCGAGAAAGGUCACAAGCCAGGGCAAUCUUGCCUCUGCACCGGCAAAAUAAAGCACACUGGAAAGUCGACACUCAUUGGUCAAUUCGAAUAUUUGAAAACUCUUGUACCUGAAGAGAGAUGGGGUGACAUCAAACUGACAAUGAUUGCCCCACCGUGGUAUCAUCUCAGAUAUAAGGAUGGAAAGGCUUUCCCCAAAGAAGUAUAUGCAAACGAUGAGGAAUAUUUUUCAGAUAUCUCGAAAGCUGUCAGUGCAGAGUUGGAUAUCUUGUACGAAGCUGGACUUAGAAAUGUGCAGUUUGAUGACCCAAAUUUUGCAUGUAAGUAUUCUGACGCGACGCAAAUACAAACAAGAGCUAACGAUUUGAAAGAUUUUUGUUCCGAGAAAAUGUUGAAGGGUUGGGAGGAAGACAAAUCUAAUACUAAAACUGCAGAAGAGUUGCUUGAUGCCUAUAUUAAGUGUUAUAACGACAGCAUCGAGAAACAUACCUCGAAAAUGCAUUUUGGUCUACACAUUUGUAGGGGUAACUUUAUGGGAUCACGUCACUUUUCCGAAGGAGGUUAUGAUCGUAUUGCUACCAAGCUCUUUCAGAACCUGAAUGUAGCAACAUACUACCUUGAAUAUGAUACACCCCGGGCCGGAGGCUUUGAGCCAUUGCUCUACCUCCCAUCUCACAAGAACGUUAUUCUUGGAGUCAUCACCUCGAAGUUUCCAGAACUCGAAGACAAAGAGAAGAUGAAGGCAAGAGUCAUGGAAGCUGCCGAUAUUGUAGCAAAAGGAGCAGGGCAAACGAGAGAAGAAGCAUUGAAGAGAUUGGGCAUAAGCCCUCAGUGUGGAUUUGCUAGUCACGAAGAGGGUAAUUCAUUGGGGUGGGAAGAUAUGAAGAACAAGUUACUUUUGGUCAGAAGUAUUGCGGAUGAUAUCUGGCCUGGUGAAGCUUAA